UGACGCUAUUAAGUACCUCACAGAAGCUCUUCAGUCUAUCAGUGAAGUAGAGCUUGAAGAUGCACUGGAAAAGAUCAUUGAUGCAGUUGAAAAGCAACCCUUGUCAUCCAACAUGAUUGAACGAUCUGUAGUGGAGGCAGCAGUCCAGGAAUGCAGUCAGUCGGUAGAUGAAACUAUGUAUGUGGAAAAAAUGAACUUUUCCCCAAUGUUGGAGAGAACAUAUUUUCAAUAUCAUAGGAGCAUUUGAUAUUCCACGCUUUGUGUACAAUUCAGAAAGAAAAAAAUUUCUUCCUCUAUUAAUGACCAAUCACCCUAAACCAAAUUUAUUUGGAACAGCAAGAGAUAAAGCAGAGCUGUUUCGUGAACGCUACACCAUUUUACACCAGGAUCUUGUUAAAUGGCCCCUCUGCCAAGGGUCCUUUUUUGUGUUGUGACCUGUUGGCGCUACUUCUCUCUCACUAGCCCCAUGCUCUGAGGAUGACAACUUGGUUUGUUGUCUUCACAUCCCUAGGCCGAGUGUGCUGCUGCCAGAGGACCCACAGACAUGAAUUAUUUACUCCUCCAGUGAUAGGUUCUCACCCUGAUGAAAGCGGAAGCAAAUUCCAGCUUAAAACAAUAGAAACCCUAUUGGGCAAUACAACCAAAAUUGGAGAUGUAAUUGUUCUUGGAAUGAUAACACAGUUAAAAGAGGGAAAAUUUUUUCUGGAAGAUCCGACGGGCACAGUACAACUGGAUCUUAGUAAAGCUCAGUUCCAUAGUGGUUUAUACACAGAGUCAUGCUUUGUCUUAGCAGAAGGUUGGUUUGAAGAUCAAGUGUUUCAUGUCAAUGCCUUUGGAUUUCCACCCACUGAGCCCUCUAGCACUACUAGGGCAUACUAUGGAAAUAUUAAUUUUUUUGGAGGGCCUUCUAAUACAUCUGUAAAGACUUCUGCAAAACUAAAACAACUAGAAGAUGAGAAUAAAGAUGCCAUGUUUGUGUUUAUAUCUGAUGUUUGGUUAGACCAAGCAGAGGUGUUGGAAAAACUUCACACCAUGUUUUCUGGUUAUUCACCAGCACCUCCAACCUGCUUUAUUCUGUGUGGCAAUUUUUCAUCUGCACCAUAUGGAAAAAACCAAGUUCAAGCUUUGAAAGAUUCCCUAAAAACUUUGGCAGACAUAAUAUGCGAAUAUCCCAAUAUUCACCAAAGUAGUCGUUUUGUGUUUGUACCUGGUCCAGAGGAUCCUGGAUUUGGUUCCAUCUUACCAAGGCCACCACUUGCUGAAAGCAUUACUAAUGAAUUCAGGCAAAGAGUGCCAUUUUCAGUUUUUACUACUAAUCCUUGCAGAAUUCAGUAUUGUACACAAGAAAUUAUUGUCUUUCGUGAAGACUUAGUGAAUAAAAUGUGCAGAAACUGUGUCCAUUUUCCUAGUAGCAAUUUGGAUAUUCCUAAUCAUUUUGUGAAGACUAUUUUAUCCCAAGGACACCUGACUCCUCUACCCCUCUAUGUCUGCCCAGUGUACUGGGCAUAUGACUAUGCUUUGAGAGUGUACCCUUUGCCUGAUCUACUUGUCAUCGCAGACAAAUAUGAUCCUUUCACUUUGACCAAUACUGAAUGCCUCUGCAUAAACCCAGGCUCUUUUCCAAGAAGUGGAUUUUCAUUCAAAGUUUUUUAUCCUUCCAACAAGACAGUAGAAGAUAGCUGGAGGACAUUUUCAAGUAACUUCCUGAAAAAGAGGGUGUGUAUGGGAACCAUGAGGAAUACCCUUCAAUCACAAGUCUUGCCUCAAGAUGUUGCAUGGAGUAUCAGAGACAGAAAAAUGACCUUGAGACUGGAGGCAGAAUAAACUGGUGGUGAUGCUUGGGUGUGACAUACCUAUGACCCCAAGGACCACUGGGAUUACGUUGUCAUUAAGACUUUCCCUUCACUCCAUUCACCUGCCUAAUCUUCAGCUAUAGUCAUGAUAUAUUGUGAUCAUUACCAUUUUACUUUUAUUACACAAAUGAAAAAAUUUUGCUGUUGAAACACUGAAACAUACUCAAAACUAGUAACAAAAUUAUUAAAACCACCCACAACUCUACCACCUAGAGAUGACUGCAGUGAAUCUCUUGGGAGGUAUUACAAUCCCUGGAAGUGAAUGGCUGAGAAGAUAUAAGCAUCAUUAAAACAUAUGGGCCUCCUCUUCCACCCCUGUGCUCUCUAUUCACUUGUAGAACAUUCUACAUUUUGCCAUGGUUAUUUGUUCAAUAACUAUUUAUAAAUUACUAUUUACUAUA